GCCAGGCGCGGUCGCUCUAGGCGGGAAGGGUCCCGGUGUCUAUGGUGCUGGCGGACCGAGGCGCUCGGCGGCCGGAUCGUGCCUGGCCCCGGGGGGCGGCCGGAGCCAUGAGCGUGGACAAGGCGGAGCUGUGCGGCUCCCUGCUCACCUGGCUGCAGACCUUCGGCGUCCCGUCUCCGUGCCAUACCUACCAGGAUCUGACCAGCGGGGUCCCCAUUGCCCAGGUCCUGCACAGGAUAGACUCCUCUUGGUUCAACGAGGCCUGGCUGCUGCGGAUCAAAGAUGACACCAGCGACAACUGGAGGCUCAAGGUGAGCAACCUGAAAAAGAUCCUACAGAGUGUGCUGGAGUACUGCCAAGAUGUCUUGGGUCACCAGAUCUCAGAGCGCCACCUGCCCGACGUCAACCUGAUCGGGGAGUUCUCGGACACCUCGGAGCUGGGCAAACUGCUGCAGCUGGUGCUGGGGUGUGCCAUCAGCUGUGAGAAGAAGCAAGAGCACGUCCAGCAGAUCAUGACCUUGGAGGAGUCCGUCCAGCACGUGGUUAUGGCGGCCAUUCAGGAGCUGAUGACCAAGGACCCACUGGACACGUUGGCCUCCGAGACAUACGGCAACUUCGAUAGCCAGUCCCGGAAGUACUAUUUCCUCAGCGAGGACCUGGAGGAACCGGAUGACAUGCGGCAGCGUUGCCAGGAACUGGAGCAGCAGAUCUCCGUGCUGGUGGAAGAGAAGAACACCCUGACCCUGGAGAACAAGACCCUGAAGGAGCAGAAGAACCGGCUGGAGUCAGAUACGGGCAGCAAGAGGCUGCUCCUGUUACAGGCUCAGAUCACGCAGCUGCAGGAGGAGACCUUCAGGCUGGAGAGCGGGAAGGAGGACUUCCGCACGCGCUGCGAGGAGCUGGAGAGGGAGGUGCAGGAGCUGCAGCAUCGGAACGAGGAGCUGAGCAGUCUGGCCGAGGAGGCCCAGGCCCUGAAGGAUGAGAUGGACGUACUGAGGCACUCCUCGGACAAGGUGGGCAAGCUGGAGGCCGCGGUGGACGCCUACAAGAAGAAGCUGGAGGACCUGGGCGACCUGCGGCGGCAGGUGCGGCUGCUGGAGGAGCGGAACACGGUCUACAUGCAGCGCACCUGCGAGCUGGAGGAGGAGCUGCGCAAAGCCAACGCCGUCCGCUCCCAGCUGGAGACCCACAAGAGACAGGUGCGCGAGCUGCACAGCAAACACUCGGAGGAGGCCUUGAAGGCCGAGAAGUGGCAGUUUGAGUUCAGGAACCUGAAGGAGAAGUUCGAGGCGCUGGUGAAGGAGAAGGAACGCCUGAUUGAGGAGCGGCACUCCCUCCGCGAGGCCAACGAGGAGCUGAGAUGCGCCCAAGUGCAGCAGACGUGCCUGAGCCAAGCAGAUGCCUUGCUGGACAGAGCCUCUUCUCCCAUGGACAACCUGGCCGCUGAGAUCUUGCCGACUGAACUCAAGGAGACCAUCGUGCGCCUGCAGCACGAGAACAAGGUGCUGUGCGUGCAGGAGUCGACGUACCGGGAGCAGCUGGCCGAGCUGCAGGGGCAGCUGGAGGAAUCCAACCGCACCAAGAACCGGCUGGAGACCCAGCAGAGGUUGCACCAGCAGCAGAUCUCGGAGCUGAAGGCCCAGGUGGAGGAGCUCCAGAAGGCCCUGCAGGAGCAGGGCACCAAGGCGGAGGAUGCCAUUUCUUGCCUGCUGAAGAAGAAGCUGGAAGAGCACCUGGAGAAGCUGCACCAGGCCCACUCGGAGCUGCAGAAGAAGCGGGAGGACAUCGAGGACUUGGAGCCCAAAGUGGACAGCGCAACCACCAGGAAGAUCAACGAGCUGCAGCAGUGUCUGAAGAAGAAGGACGAGGACAUGAGGGCCAUGGAGGAGCGUUACAAGCGCUACAUGGACAAGGCCUGCACGGUCAUUAAGACAUUGCACCCCAAGCAGCCACCAUCUAAGACACCCCCUGAGAUCCAGGCCUUAAAGAACCAGCUGCAGGAGAAGGAGGUGAAGAUCCAUCACCUGGAGACCAACUUGGAGAAAACGAGAUCCCAGCGGGAGCAGGAAGAGAAGCUGAUCAUCAGCGCCUGGUACAACACGGGCAUGGCGCUCCACCAGCAAGCCACGGAGCAGCGAUCGGCCGCCUCCAGCAGCGCCCAGUCCUUCCUGGCCCAGCAGCGCCAGGCCACCAACGCCCGCAGGGGGCAUCUGGGCCGGACCCAGCCCCUGUUGGCCAAGUACGGAGACAAGCCCCCCCAGCUGCACUGACCGGAGCCCCUCCCACUCCUACCCUCCUCCAGGGCUGCGUGGGGUGGGGGGGGUCUUGCCCAUUGCUGCCCUGUGGCAUCCACCCCCUGCGGUGCCAUCUGUCUCUUACGGGGGCGGGGGGCGGAAUGCAGGCAGCAAGGGGCUAACCCUGCCUCUGCCCUCCCCCAGAGAUGGGCUAGAACGGCCUGCGCUACUCACUCCCUGGGCUGGUCCCGUUCCUUCCCUCCCUCCUCUGAAAGACCCCCCUGAAUUUUAACCCCUUCUUGGCCACUCUCCCAAGCGCAGCGCCGCGAGCCCCUCUGCCGAGGCACCCGGCAGUCAGUGGCCGUGGCGGUUGGCGGGGGCGCUGGCUCGUGUUCGGGGCGUACGUGGCAAGACAGCCGAACACCAGGGCAUUGAAUGCCAGGGGGUCUCUGCCAGCACCACAGCUCCUGCGCUCAGGGUCGGUCCCACCCCCUGUGGGCGUCGGGGGCUGGGCAGGUUCUGCUGCUUGAUGUCACCUAGCCAGUGCCCGUGGGUGAGGGGAGAUGGCUCACAGCCUCUGGGCUGGGCCUGCCCCCUUCAUAAUUCCCUGCCGGAGCCUCUGACUUGCCCUUGACCAAAAUCUUACCUGAUUAGCAGCUGUGCCAGCCACUCCCCUCCCGGCAACUUCACGCACCCUGACUUCCCCACUUCCUUAUCAGUUCCUAGCUGCUGUGGCAUCAGGUGCCACCUGGUCCCAGGCUUCACCUCGGGGAUCCGGGAUCCCUGUUGCCCGGGUUCUGCUCCGUUCCCUACCUCCAACAGAACCCGCGAGCCAGGGCCUGGACUGAGACGCUAAAGUUACCGGCAAGGAGCCGCUUCAAACCUCUCCUUCAACACUAAACGCCUCUCCCGGCCGCUGGGAGCCAGGCAGGUCCCAGAGUCAGGCACUACAAACCCAACCCCCCCUUGUUCUCCGGCGCGGGGGGGGUUCUGUGUCCGUUCUCAGACGCCGCUCGGCCCAGCCUCGUUUGGUUGUAAAGUGAUGUGUCCUUUUACCUCUGCUUGGUGUGGGUUGAAGUGGAUUGAGUUUUAUUUUUAAAUGUUGGGGGGGGUCCAGAUUGCCCUGAGCGCCUCCUACCCUUAUUUCAUUUUAGAAUGUGAUUUUAGCCCAACGCUGCUGGGGUUUUAAGACGCAAACUGUAUAUUUUGUAAAACUGGGAUGGGGGAGGGGUUCUGUGGGUCUUUUAUUUUUCUACUCUAGGGCAGCCUGCAAUAGGGCACGGGGGCACCUUGGCUCCCGUCCGGAAUCUUUACACUACCAAUAAAGAUGCUAGAAUCGUUCCUGCUGA